AUGUCUAAUAAAAAUGAAAAUAACAUGGACAAUACUCCCAAAACCUACGGCCCAAAGGCUACGGUGGCAGGCACAAGUUGGUAUCACAUUAUGAUAUAUAUUUUCACUACAACAGCGCAGAACUUUCUAUUAAUUGGAUUGGGCAUGGAAAUAGGAAUGCCCACAAUUGUUAUUCAACAAUUAUAUCGAAAUUCGGACAGUGAAUUCUCAUUAACAUUAACUGAAGUUUCGUGGUAUGGGAGUAUAUUGUUUAUAUUUCAUCCGACCGGAAGUUUUCUAUCGGGAUUCCUGCAAGAAAGAUAUGGAAGGAAACGGUGCAUGAUUUUCGCCAACGUCCCCAGUAUUUUUGGAUGGAUAUUGCUGUACUACACACACUCCACAGUUUCACUUUACUCGUUCACCGUGCUGAUGGGCUUGGGCAUAGGAUUCAGCGAAGCCCCGAUAUUGUCGUACGUCGAGUCUCCAGUGUGGCUGGUUUCCAAAGCGAAAAACGAAAAAGCCGAAAAGGCCUUGUGUUGGUUAAGAGGAUGGGUAGAACCCGAAAUUGUCAAAACCGAACCCCUUGAACUCAUCCGAUGUAACGAAGUAUCUGGAACUCAUCGAAGAACGGACAGAACAAUUAAGAAUGGCUGUAUCUACUCAACUCCUUGGAUUCCUUUAACUAUAUUAUGUGGCAUUAACUUUUUUGGAGCUUCAGUCAAUAUUUUUCCAUGGAUGUUACUUAGUGAAGUUUUCCCAAACAAGUAA